AUGGGCGAUACAGAUUCAGAUAGUUCGACUACAUCGUCCUCUUCGUGUUCUCCUUCAACAGUAUCUGAUGAAGACGAUCAUCCAAAUGAGAAGGAUAACAGAUCUUACUGUGUUAAAACAAAAGAUGAGUUGCCUAUUGAUGAACUGCCUCCUGUUGAAGACUUAUCAAUAAUUCUGCCUGAUGAUGUUGAACUGAAGCUCUUUGGGACAGUUUCCAGCAUCAUCGAGCAGCUAGUAAUAAUUGAAUCACUGAGAGGCCUACCUCCAGUAAAUGAGGAAAGCAUAAUUUUUAAAGAAGAUCGGCAAGCAGCAGGAAAGAUAUUUGAGAUAUUUGGUCCUGUUUUACAUCCCUUUUAUGUGUUAAGAUUUAACAGCUCUGAGCAUAUCAAAGCAAAAGGUAUUAAUGUGCAAGAUAGCAUGUAUUUUGCUCCAUCACUGGAGGACUUCACCCAGUAUAUAUUUGCAGAGAAACUAAAACAGGAAAAAGGUUCAGAUGCAUCUUGGAAGAAUGACCAAGAACCACCACCUGAAGCCUUGGAUUUCAGUGAUGAUGAAAAAGAGAGAGAGGCAAAACAGAAGAAAAAGAAGCCUCAAAGUCAAGGAAGGAAGAAACUCAAAUCAGAAACAAAUGCAUCGAAUGAGAAUAAAGGACUUCAUCAGUCAAUGCAACAGCCUGCUUCAAGUUAUCCAAGGGGAUACCGUGGCAGAGGGUUCUCCAGGGAUCCAUUUCCUCCUCCAUCAGGCCCUCCAGGUUUUUUGAGACCACAAGUAAGACCACCACAGCUAUACUCUUCAGACAACAGGAUACAUCAGGAAUCUCCAGUGUUUCCACAACCUCAUAGUAAAGAAAAUCCAAUGAUGCAACAGUAUCCCUUUCCUCCUCCAGUUUUUGGUUCUGUUAAUGAGAUGCAUCAAUUCCACCUUCCACCUUCAAAUCUGAAUAUGAUUUGGACAGGCCCAAACAUGUACAACUCAUCAUACACAUUUUUGCCACCGCCACCUCCUCCACCUCCUCCAGAUAGCCAUCCUUCUCAGUUCAGGCCUUACUAAGUUUCCAUAAAUGCGCAUACAGAGCAUUGCAGUUUAAAGGGAGGAAGAACAGGCUGCCAAGACUAUAUUCCCUUAUUUUAGCGAUGCUUCAUUUUUCUGCAACAAUAGAACAAAUGCAGAGUUUGAUGCUUUGUGGGACAUCCAUAGAAAACUAUUUUUUUUCUGUAUAUGUUUUCUGUUUCAAACAAAGAAAACUGUAUGAUAAAA